AUGGGCCAGACAGUGACCACCCCGCUGUCUUUAACUCUUGAUCAUUGGAAAGAAAUUAAAACUAGGGCUCAUAAUCUGUCAGUAGAGGUCCGAAAGGGGCCUUGGCAGACCUUCUGCACCUCUGAGUGGCCGACUUUCGGUGUCGGCUGGCCAUCCGAGGGAACCUUUAAUCUUUCUCUCAUUUUUGCAGUCAGGCAGCGUGUUUUCCAGGAACAAACUGGCCAUCCCGACCAGGUGCCGUACAUCGUUGUCUGGCAGGAUCUAGCCCAGUUCCCUCCUCCUUGGGUAAAACCCUGGGUCUCUGGGCUCCCUAAGACUAUGGUUGCGGUCACUCAGGAGUCCAAAACUCCUCGACAGGAACCGUCAGCCCCUCCCAAGAUCUAUCCAGAGGUAGAAGACCUCAUGUGGGGUGAUGCUCUACCUCCCCCUUACCCCUUACCCCAGCCCUUACCACCAGUCCCCGAGGCACCUGAGCCCGCGGUCCCUCCUCAACCUUCUCCCGAAGGAAGCGAGGCAACUGGACCAGCGGUGGGGACCCGAAGCAGGCGAGGCCGCAGCCCAGAGGGGGCAACGGGGCCCAACUCCACCGUAGCCCUCCCACUCCGAAGUUAUGUAGGCGGUCCACCUCUGGGCCCAAAUGACCUCAUUCCCCUCCAAUAUUGGCCAUUUUCCUCAGCAGAUCUUUACAACUGGAAAACUAACCAUCCAUCCUUUUCAGAAAAUCCUACAGGUUUAACAGGACUCCUUGAGUCCCUUAUGUUCUCCCACCAACCCACGUGGGAUGAUUGCCAGUAGCUUCUGCAGGUCCUCUUCACUACAGAGGAGAGGGAGAGAAUCCUGUUAGAGGCCCGCAAGAAUGUCCUUGGGCAGGAUGGGACUCCCACCGGUCUCCCCAACCUCAUAGAUGCAGCUUUCCCACUGACUCGCCCCAAUUGGGAUUACAACACAGUGGAAGGUAGGGAGCGUCUCCUGGUCUAUCGCCGGACUCUAGUGGCGGGUCUCAAAGGAGCCGCUCGACGGCCCACCAAUUUGGCUAAGGUAAGAGAAGUCCUGCAGGGACCAAUGGAGCCACCCUCUGUCUUUUUAGAACGCCUCAUGGAGGCAUACCGGAGAUAUACUCCGUUUGACCCUUCCUCGGAAGGACAGCAGGCGGCUGUAGCAAUAACUUUUAUUGGUCAAUCGGCCCCUGACAUUAAAAAGAAACUGCAGAGGCUAGAGGGACUCCAGGACUAUACUCUACAGGACUUAGUAAAGGAGGCAGAAAAAGUGUAUCACAAAAGGGAGACAGAGGAAGAGAAACAGGAUAGAGAAAAGAGAGAAGUAGAGGAAAGGGAAAACCGGCGUGACUGCCUACAAGAAAGAAACUUAACCAGAAUUUUGGCCGCAGUGGUAGGUAAUAAAAAGUCAGGAACUGGACAGUCAGGGUACCUGGGCAACGGGGCCAAAAGACCGCCGGGAGAAAAAAAAUUCUCACUUGAAAAGGACCAAUGUGCCUAUUGCAAAGAGAAGGGACAUUGGGUUAGAGAUUGCCCCAAGAAAAAAACGAAAGAACUAAAGGUACUGAGCCUAGAAGAAGACUAGGGGAGUCGAGGCCCGGUCCCCCUCCCCGAGCCUAGGGUAACCCUUUCAGUGGAGGGGACUCCUGUCAACUUUUUAAUAGACACCGGAGCGGAACAUUCAGUCUUAACCAAACCACUGGGAAAAUUAAAAGAUAAAAAGACCAUGGUACUAGGAGCCACUGGUAACAAAUUUUACCCCUGGACCACCAAGCGCGUUCUAGAAAUUGGAAAGAGCCAAGUGACUCAUUCUUUCCUGGUGAUCCCUGAGUGCCCUGCUCCCCUCUUGGGACGGGACUUAUUGACUAAACUUAAGGCUCAAGUACAGUUUACCCCCAAGGGGUCAGAAGUUACUUGGGGAGAGACACCGGUAGCUUGUCUGGUUCUAAAUCUAGAAGAAGAAUAUCGCCUCCAUGAACAAGAUCAUAAGCAAUUAUUGCCAGCCCCCGAAUGGUUGUCUGAGUUUCCUGAAGUAUGGGCUGAGCAAGCAGGGAUAGGACUAGCCAGGCAAGUUCCCCCGGUUGUGGUAGAAUUAAAGGCAGGUGCCUCCCCCAUAUCCAUAAAACAAUAUCCUAUGAGCAAGGGGGCAAAAGAGGGCAUCCGACCACACAUUCAGAGACUCCUAAACCAAGGAAUCUUGGUACCUUGUCAAUCUCCAUGGAACACCCCUCUCCUGCCAGUACGAAAGCCUGGGACUAAUGACUAUCGACCAGUACAGGAUCUGAGAGAGGUCAAUAAAAGAGUACAGGACAUACACCCAACUGUUCCAAACCCUUACAACUUACUAAGCUCUCUCCCGCCGGAUCGAGCCUGGUACACUGUCUUAGAUUUGAAAGAUGCUUUCUUCUGCCCCCAGUUACACCCUAAUAGCCAAGCCCUGUUUGCCUUCGAAUGGAGAGACCCAGAAGGAGGAUAUACAGGCCAACUAACCUGGACUAGACUGCCUCAGGGGUUCAAGAACUCCCCUACCCUCUUUGAUGAAGCACUCCACUCCGACCUUGCACCUUUCAGGGCACAGAACCCUCAGAUUUCUCUUUUACAGUAUGUAGAUGACUUACUGGUUGCAGCCUCUACUCAGGAACUAUGCCUUGAUGGAACCAAGAAGCUCCUGAAUGAACUGGGUGAGUUGGGGUAUCGGGUAUCGGCUAAGAAGGCCCAGCUAUGUCCCACCGAAGUAACCUACCUAGGGUACACUCUGCGAGAAAGAAAGCGGUGGCUUACUGAGGCCCAAAAAAAGACUGUGAUGCUGAUCCCGACCCCCACCACCCCGCGCCAAGUACGUGAGUUUCUGGGAACGGUGGGUUUUUGUAGACUCUGGAUACCGGGGUUCGCAAUACUGGCGGCCCCUCUGUAUCUGCUUACUAAGGAAAAAGCUCCUUUCACAUGGACUGAAGAACAUCAAGAGGCUUUUGACAGUAUAAAAACAGCCCUGCUUACAGCCCCUGCUCUGGCUUUGCCGGACUUAACCAAGCCUUUUACUCUAUAUGUUGAUGAGCGGGCUGGCGUGGCCCAUGGGGUCUUAACUCAGACUCUGGGACCAUGGAAAUGACCUGUAGCUUAUCUGUCUAAAAAACUAGACCCAGUCGCCAGCGGUUGGCCUUCCUGCCUAAAAGCCAUCGCAGCAGUGGCCCUGCUUGUCAAAGAUGCUGAUAAACUCACCAUGGGCCAACAAGUGACUGUAACUGCCCCCCACGCCCUAGAGAGCAUUAUAAGGCAGCCCCCUGACAGAUGGAUGACUAAUGCCCGGAUGACCCAUUACCAGAGCCUGUUGCUAAAUGACCGAGUGACCUUUGCCCCACCGGCCAUUCUCAACCCCGCCACCCUACUCCCUUUGACGGAUAACUCUACCCCUGCACACCACUGUGCUGACAUCCUGGCCGAAGAAACUGGAACGAUAAAGGACCUGACUGACCAACCUUGGCCAGGGGUGCCUAAUUGGUACACAGACGGUAGUAGUUUUGUGGUCGAAGGAAAAAGAAGAGUGGGGGCGGUGGUGGUGGACCACAAACAGGUAAUCUGGGCAAGUGGUCUUCCAGAAGGAACGUCAGCUCAGAGGGCAGAACUCCUGGCGUUAAUCCAGGCCCUGCGGCUGGCAGAAGGUAAGGCUGUCAACAUCUAUACUGAUAGCCGCUAUGCUUUCGCCACAGCCCACAUUCAUGGAGCCAUCUACAGGCAAAGGGGGCUGCUCACUUCCGCGGGCAAAGAUAUAAAAAACAAAGAAGAAAUUCUUGCCCUCCUAGAGGCUAUACAUCUGCCCAAGAAAGUGGCUAUUAUCCACUGCCUGGGCCAUCAGAAUGGACAAGACCCCAUAACCAAAGGAAACCAGAGGGCUGAUAUGGCAGCUAAACAAGCAGCCCAGGGAGUAAAGGUCAUGACUAUGGUUUGCUGCAAGCAGGCUCGGGAGUUUCACUUCCAGGGACUAGCACAAACAACAGAUGGGCGUAUCAUCCUGCCCACAGAAGAGGGAACAAAGUACGUACAAAAGUUACAUCAACUGACCCAUUUAGGGCCUGACAAACUGUCACAAUUGAUCAAAACUUCUAAUUAUUAUAUCUUAAAGCUAAAAUCUGUAGUCAAAAAAGUAACUGAAGCCUGCACAGCCUGUGCUCUCACUAAUGCAACCCGGCCUUGCAUCGAACAAGGAAAACGCCAGCGGGGGGACCGACCAGGAGUCUACUGGGAAGUGGACUUUACUGAAAUUAAACCAGGACUGUAUGGUAACAAAUAUAUACUAGUAUUCAUAGAUACCUUCUCUGGGUGGGUAGAAGCCUUCCCCACUAAAGUUGAGACCGCUCAGGUGGUGGCCAAGAAGAUUCUCGAAGAAAUCCUGCCGCGGUUCGGAAUCCCUAAGGUAAUUGGUUCGGACAAUGGGCCUGCAUUCGUUGCCCAGGUAAGUCAGGGACUGGCCUCAUACCUGGGGACUGAUUGGAAACUACAUUGUGCAUAUAGACCCCAGAGUUCAACACAGGUAGAAAGAAUGAAUAGGACCCUAAAAGAGACCUUGACUAAAUUGUCCAUUGAGACCGGUGGUAAGGACUGGGUGACCCUCCUUCCUUUUGCGCUCCUCCGAGCCCGGAACACGCCUGAAUGUUUCGGACUCACCCCUUAUGAGAUCUUAUAUGGGGGACCACCCCCCUUGACCAGGUCUAAUGGGAUAUUAGAUCCCAACAUCGACCCUUCCUUACCUUCUACUUUGUUUGCUCACCUAAAGGCCCUAGAGGUUGUCAGAACCCAGAUUUGGGACCAGAUCAAAGAGACCUACGCUCCAGGGGACACCACAGUACCCCACAAGUUCCAGAUCGGAGACUCAGUCCUUGUCAGACGACACCGUGCUGGUACACUUGAGCCCCGGUGGAAAGGACCCUUUCUAGUGCUACUGACGACCCCUACAGCAGUAAAAGUGGAUGGAAUCGCCGCUUGGAUCCAUGCCUCCCACGUCAAGAGAGCCGCCAGUUAAGAUAAAAAAACCCAACAAAAUGAUUGGAUGGUGGCUACUACUGAUAAUCCUCUUAAGCUAUGCCUGCUGCGCAGAGAUGGCCCUCCCAAAUCUUAAUCCUCACACUCCAUUUCACCAAACUUGGGAGGUGCAUAAUGAAGAAGAUGACAUUGUAUGGUCAAUUACUGACACACAUCCCCUCUGGACUUGGUGGCCUGAUCUCACACCUGACAUCUGUAAGUUAGCAGCUGGAUCUCCCACUUGGGACCUCCCAGAUCACACCAACCGCAAUAGCCCACCCCCUGAAAAAAAUUGUGUCCCGAGUGGAAUCGGGAGCUCAUAUGGCUGU